AUGUCUAGCAUAGAAAAUAUAAAUAACGAUAAUCAAAACGAUAUCAAUAAAAACAAUGAUAAUAAAGAUGAAGGAGACACUAUAGUUUUUACAAGUACUGAAGCUUUCAGCGCUUGCCUUGAUAAAAUAUUUUCACUUAAUCACGACCCAAUGAUUGGAAUUGUGAAUCUUUUAUAUAAUAGAAAUUUUAAAUCCGCUCCUGAUAUUUUUAAAUGGUUAUUAUUUUAUCAUAAAGACAAAUCUGAUUAUAUUAUUCUUUUAGCUUUAUUUUAUCAUUUUAAUAUUGGAAAUGAUGGUACUAAAGAAAAUGAAUUUGAACUUUUUCAAACUGCUGCUGCAAGUAAAAAUCCUUUUGCCGAAUAUUUCGUCGGAAAGUGCUUUGAAGAGGGUUGGGGGAAUACUAAAAAGAAGAGUUCAAAAGCCGUUAUCUGGUUUAAAAAAUCAAAAGAUGAAUGUCUCGCUGCUAGAUAUUCUCUUGCUGCCUACUAUUAUCGAAAACAAAAAUUUUAUCUUGCAAUUAUGGAAUUGGAAAAAGCUGUUGAAAAGGGUAAUGUGAAAGCAUUACAUUUACUUGGAUUAUGUUUUCAAAAAGGAAGAGGAACGAAUAUUAACGUAUCAAAAGGAUUCGAAUUAUUUAUGCGAAGUGCUGAAGAAGGUUUACCUGAAGCUCAAUGCGAACUUGGUCGAUGUUAUGAAUUUGGAACUGGAACCACAAAAGACUUGUCAAAAGCUCUUGAAUGGUUUAAAAAAUCGACUUCUAAUGGCGUUGAUUGUUCGGCGGAUUUGGGGCGUGUAAGGGCAAAAAUAAUGAAACAAAUUUAA